AAUCCCAUUCCUAGUCAAGGCAAUUAAAUUAGUAGAUAGUGAUAUUUCAUAGUGUAAUGUCUGAAUGAUGUAAAGAAAUACCAUAUAAUCGAAUAAUUGUUUACUUUUGACAGAGUAGGAAUAAAAUUAAGGGUUUACUUGUCCAAUGAAACAACCAAUAAGAGCUCUGCUACUGCAAUGGAGAAUCUACAAGUAAAAGAAGCAGGAGAAGGAGAAGAAGAUCGAAUAAGUCGGUUACCUGAUUGUUUGAUUAUCGAUGAAAUCCUUUCUCGGAAACAACAGAGGCGAUGGAUUUAUUUGUUUCUUCUUCGUUUGUUUUUGGGUGCCUCUUUUGUUUAAAGAUUGAUUAUAUGGCUCUCGCUUAUUUGGAAACUAAAGGCAUCUUACAACCUUCACACCACAAGGGUUUAGAUGGUGCAUUAUACUUUGAGUAUCUAUCAAAGGCGGUGGUUGAUUGCUGCGAUAAUGACUCAUCUGAUGGUGACUCAUCUAAUACCAAUGCAUCUGCUAGUGACUCAGUUGAUACGAAUGCAUCUGAUAGUGACGCAGUUGAAAGUGGAGAUUCAGAGGAUGACGAGAUUCAGACGAUUCCAUAUCUUCACAUGGAUUAACGACAUGAUAUGCAAUCCCAGUGUUAUCUACUCUUUCAAGAAAUUGUAUUUCU